AUGCAUGACUUCGUGUCAUUUACCCCUGGUCGACUCCCUCCUAGCUUGCAUGUAAGCCAGGUACCAAACAGUUCCCGUCCGGCAGCUGAGCCUCUGGGGAAGAUUUCUGUCCUGUACAGUCAGGAGUUCCUAGCCAUGACGGGUUCCGAUCGGUCUACAGUCCGGAAGAAAAUUGGCUGCCUCUUCGGUGACAUCUUCAUGCCCCACCGUUCGAUAGCGGCAUGGCAGCUGGAACAGCAGUGGCUUUGUGAGAAAAUCGUCCUGGGUGGUCAGUCAGCCUGA